AUGGAAGAAAUAGUUAGAAAAGAAAAAGAAAAAACACUGUUGAUCGAUAAUAUCAAAAACAUUAUCGAAAAAAACAAUGAAAAAAUCAGUGAACUCGAAAAAGAAAAUGAAGAACUCAAAGAUGAAAAUAAAGAACUCAAAGAACAAAUCAACAAACUUUUAGAAAAAACUAAAAAUCAUACAAAUAUUUUCUUAAAAAAUAUCUUGAUAGAUUCAUUAAAAUAUACA